AUGGCAGCGAUCAAACAGCUUCUUUUAUUUGGGGAUCAAACUGUUCAUAUCCUUGGGGCUGUGAAAGAUAUUUAUUCCGUUGCAAAACAGUCUGUCUUGCUUCCGAUAUUGAUUCAAAGAAGUGAAGAUGCUCUUGUGUCUGAAAUAUCAAAGUUUCCACUGACAACAAGACUUCGAUUUUACCAUGCUCGUUCCAUGCUCACUCUUGCAGAGGAAUAUACCAAGCAUAAGCAGAUUGAUGCUGGUGUAUCAACAGUGCUAUCAUGUUUUGUCCAACUAGCUUUUCUCUUCAUGUAUACGGAAAAGCACCCAAGUCAACCGGAUAUCAUCCCAUCCAAUGAUUUGAUAGUGGUCGGGUCUUGCACUGGAUUGAUUGUGGGCGCUGUUGCAGCAACAGUGUCAUCUGUUGGUCAAAUAUUGGACCUUGUACCAGAAAUUAUCCGCCUUGGACUCCGACUUGGACUGGAAAUUGAUCAAAGAUCAAUGCAAUUUGAAAGAUGUCGGGAAAGUUGGGCCACAGCGGUGUCAGGGGUUCAGGGCUUGUACUUUGCACGAAAGCCAUAUAUAAGUGCCAUAGCAGAUUCCACAACAGUGACUAUUAGUGGAAUGCCGACAAUCCUGAAGCAGCUUUGGGAGUCUUCGCAUGUCCUCCGGGAUGCCGUUUAUGUUGAGCUUCCCAUAGCAGCUGCUUUUCAUACGAGACACAUGGGUGCUAUUGACGUCGAGAAGAUGAUUGGAAAUGGGGCUGUUUUCCGGAAAUUCUCAACCAAACAAGCCACCAUAUUAUCACCUAGUCUGGCCGCGCCAUACGAGAGCCGUGAUCUGGAACAAUUAUUACGCUCUGCAAUAAACGAUAUUGCCCACGAGAGAAUCGAUUGGGCCUCGACAGUGAAUAAUUUGCCAAAGUUACUCGGUUCCCAGGUGAUCAUAACCUCUAUCGGACCUAAUAAUGUAGCUAAAAAACUCAUUAAGAGUCUUGAGAGCUCGAGCAUCGAAGUCCAAAAUAACGUCGAACUACAGAUAACAGAGGAUCAUUCUUUCGAGCGAGGUAGCCCGGGGGAUAUCGCUGUUGUUGGGAUGUCCGGACGCUUCCCAGGAGCUGAGACUCUAGACUCAUUCUGGCAACUUCUUGUUGACGGUCUAGACAAGCACCAGAAGAUACCAGCAGAUAGGUUUGACCUUGACAGCCAUUUUGACGCCAGUGGAGCAACCAAAAACACAAUCGUGACUCCAUACGGUUGCUUCAUAGAGCGUCCAGGGAUGUUUGACACUAGACUUUUCUCGAUGUCGCCUAGAGAAGCCGCCCAAACGGAUCCUGGGCAACGGCUCAUGCUAUUGACAGCAUACGAGGCACUUGAAAUGGCAGGGUAUACCGCGAAUGGAAGUCCAUCCACCGACUCUUCAAGAAUUGGAACAUUCUUCGGCCAAACCACUGACGAUUGGAGAGAGCAUAAUGCUUCACAAAACAUCGAUAUAUACUAUGCGACGGCUGGCAUUCGAGCAUUCGGACCGGGCCGUUUGAAUUAUCAUUUCAAGUGGGAUGGUCCAUCUUAUAGCGUGGAUACCGCAUGCUCUUCCAGCUCAGUUGCAAUUCAGCUAGCAUGUCAAUCAUUACUGUCGCGAGAAUGUGAUAUGGCUGUGGCGGGGGGUGCCAACAUUUUAACAGGUUCCGACAUGUUCGCAGGGUUGGGCCGGGGAGGGUUCCUUUCGCCCUCUGGGGCCUGUAAAACAUUCGACAAAGAUGCAGAUGGAUAUUGUCGAGCAGAUGGAGUAGGCACAAUUAUACUCAAACGGCUAGAGGACGCCUUGAACGAAAGAGACAAUAUUCAAGCUAUAAUCCGGAGCGUAUCUACAAAUCACUCGGCUCAAGCAAGCUCAAUUACCCACCCACAUGCGGAAACUCAGGGGAAACUUUUCCGAAAGAUCUUGACAGAUGCCGCUGUCGAGCCUCAUUGUGUGGAUUAUAUCGAGUGCCAUGGUACGGGAACCCAGGCUGGUGAUGCAGCUGAAUAUACCUCGGUAUCUGGGGUUUUUGGAAACGAUCCAGUGAGGGAAAAACCACUAUAUAUUAGUUCUGUGAAGGGCAAUAUUGGUCAUAGUGAAGCCGCGGCAGGGGUAACUUCACUUAUUAAAGCAGCGAUGAUGUUUCGAAAUAACCUCAUUCCACCUCACGUUGGAGUGACGACCGGCAUUAAUCCUAAACUAUCUUCAAUUGGUAAAGAUAAGAUUCAUAUCCCAUUUCAAGCAACACCUCUCGGCUCUGCAAAGAAGGAUAAUAUCAAACAGAAGCGAGCCAUUCUUCUGAACAACUUUAGUGCCGCGGGAGGUAAUACUAGUCUUAUACUCCAAGAUGGACUCCAUACCCGCCGAGAGGGUAGUGAUACUCGAAAUUGCCAUGUUGUCACCAUAUCCGGCCAUACCGACACCUCUUUCCAGCAAAACCUAAAGCAGCUCUCCCAAUGGCUGAAUGUAAAUGGGGACGUUCGAGUAUCCGACUUGGGCUAUACCACCACUGCGCGACGGGCGCAUCAUUCUCGGCGGAUUUCCUACGCAGUGAGCAGCGUCGAAGAGUUAAAAGACAUGCUAUCAAAUAAAUGCGAUCCUGAUGCCAUCAAAACCACGCCUCGUGUUGGCUUUGUCUUUACCGGCCAAGGGUCUCAAUACCUUGGAAUGGGCAAAGAUCUUCUUGAUAUUUCGAAAUAUUUUCGGGAUCUCCUAUUGGAAAUGAACAAGCUUUGCUUGUCUCAGUCGUUCCCAUCAAUUAUGGAUAUUUUCACUGCCGAACCCUCUUCGCUGUUACCCAUACAGCUUCAAUUGGGUUCCGCAUGCUUAGACAUUGCUCUUGCUAAGUUAUGGCAAUCAUGGGGCUUGCAACCAGACGUUGUGGUUGGUCACAGUCUUGGGGAAUAUGCCGCCCUAUGUUUUGCCUCCGUAAUUUCCAUCUCCGACAUGAUAUUUCUCGUGGGUCAACGAGCAUUGCUAAUGCAAGAAAAAUGCGUCCCCAACACUCAUUCCAUGCUUACAGUACGAGCUUCAUCGAAAGAAGUCAUGAGAGCCAUGAAACUCAUCCAUAGUGAAUGCGAAAUAGCCUGUGUAAAUGGUCCACACAGCGUCGUCGUCAGCGGAAAUAUUGAUGAUAUCAAUCUCCUCCACGAGCUGCUUGAGGAGCAGAAUGUCAAGUCUAUGAACCUCCCUAUUCAAUAUGCUUUUCACUCGAAGCAGCUAGAUCCAAUUCUGGCGGACUUGGCGCAUCUCGCAGAACACAUUGACUUCAAGAAGCCCGAGAUCCCCAUUGCAUCUACUCUUACUGGCGACUUAGUCUGUGAACAAGGCGUCUUCGGCCCAAGAUACUCUGCCAACCAGACUCGCCAACCUGUGGAUUUUUUCGGUGCAAUUGCUGCAUGGACCGCAUCUUGCCCUGCAACAGAAACCUUCUGGGUAGAAUGCGGUCCUGGUGGGGCUUGUGCUUCUAUGAUUGGAUCGAUUGUUGGAACCAGAGACGUAAGAGCAUUUGCCAGUUUCAAAAAGACCGAGGACAGUUGGAAAACCAUAACAAAUACGAUCGCAAAGCUACACGAUGCCGGUGCGAAUAUUCAAUGGAGAGAAUUCCACAAGCCUUAUGAAAAGAGUCUUUUACUCCUCGAUUUGCCAACCUAUGCUUUCGAUCUGCAGAAUUAUUGGUUGCAAUAUGAAGGUAAUUGGUCUAUUACCAAAAAUACACUACAGCAGGAAGUCGUCGGUCCCCUACAAGGUUUCAGUUCUGGCUGUCUUCAUCGUAUAGCUUCGGAGAAGUUCGACGAGACAUCUGGAUCUCUAUUGACAGCAACUUUUGUCAGUGAUCUCUCAGAGCCAACACUCAAUGCAAUGGCGAGAGGCCACUUGGUUUGCGGCGUAGCGCUCGUCCCAAGCUCGGUAUAUGCAGAGAUGGCAUACAGCGCGGCUUCAUACUUUCAUUCCAGAGAGCGCACAUAUAAAGGGGAAGUGCCAGGCUUCGAUCUAUCAGAGAUGGAGAUAUAUCGACCACUCGUUGCUCCACUAGAUGGAGCGUCACAGCUGGUGACAAUUUUCGCCUCGAAAAAGGUCGGUUCAAGUUCUGUUAGCCUGGCAUUUGCAUCUUUAGACAGCGGUGGUAAGUCUAAUCAGCAUGCCACCUGCACUGUGAAGUCCGGAGACGGAGAAGUGUGGAUGGAUGAGUGGUUACAGGUUUCAUCUCUCGUGGAGGAUCGCGUUCAACAACUCAAGCACCUAGCUGAAAUUGGGGACUCAUCCCUCAUCCUGAGAAAGAUGGUGUACAAACUGUUCACAGCUGUUGUCAACUAUGACGAGAAAUACCACUCUCUCGACAAGGUUUUCCUACACCAAGAACGCCAUGAAGCAGCAGCAAAUAUCACCUUCAAGACUGCAUGGGCCGAUAACGGUGUCACCUUUAAUCCCUACUGGAUUGAUUGCCUGGCCCAAAUGGGUGGAUUUGUCUUAAAUUCAAGCCCCUCAACUUCACCAGACACCGUCUAUAUCUCCACAGGUUGGAAAAGUAUGCGAAUCGUUAAAAAAUUGGAGCAAGAAAAGCUGUAUCAAGCCUAUGUGCAUAUGAAGCCAACACGUACCGAUGGGUUGCUUUCUGGCGACGUUUAUUUCUUUGAUGGCCCCCAAGUUAUUGGAUUAUGUCAGGGGCUGAAAUUCCGGAACAUAAAACUUUCACUAUUGAGAUCCGUGCUUGGAAUCAAGCAGUCAAGCUCGUUGCCACUCGAUUAUCACCAACCCAUUGCCAAGCAGCAAAGUAUGGCAACGUCAUCUCCUGCUUUGGUUGCUAAAAACUCUGGGACAAAUACACCAAUCCAGGUAUCAUUUGACAACAUUCUUGGGAUCAUUGGGACGGAGACAGGAGCGCAAAUCAACGAAAUCGCUGGCGACUCCGCGCUCGAAGAUCUGGGCAUCGACUCUCUUCUCACAAUGUCCAUACUGUCCAAACUUCGCGAGGCUACCGGACUUGAGCUACCAAAUUCCUUAUUCAACAUGUACCCCACAAUAUCUGCCCUCAGAUCCUUUUUCGAAGGGCAAUUUAUUGGAGGGUUUGAUACUAGUCCAAGCACGCCUUCAUCCUAUCCAGCCACUGAUGUCUCAAUCACUCUACCUACAACACCAGCUCCAUUUGACGGCGACAUAAUUCUUCAGGUUAUUGCUGGCGAGUUAGGUAUAGAAAUCAGUAAAAUGGACUCAUAUACCAGCCUGAACGACCUGGGGCUGGAUUCUCUGAUGAGCAUCGCUAUCAUUGGACAUUUGCGUGAGAAGACUGGGCUGCCGCUCUCUUCCUCGUUCUUUAAUGAUAACACAUGCAUGAGCAAGGUUCUGCAAGCGCUCGAAAUCCCAACGACAACAUCGAUUUCCGCUUCAUCCACAUCUCAGCUCCUCUCAAAUUCGAAAAUCUCGCCUCUGGCAGAAUCGGAACUGAGAAGCACAUCAUUUCUCCUCCAAGGCUCGCCAAACCCUAACAAACCGGCUCUUUUCCUGCUACCCGACGGCUCUGGCUCCGCCCUCUCUUACAUAAAUCUCCCAACCUUCGUCUCCAGGACCACAGUCUACGCCCUCUUUUCCCCGUUCUUAUCCACUCCAUCCGUCUCCUGCAUCCCAUUCACCCUCUCCCUUCCCCAAAUCUCUUCCAUCUACCUGUCCGAAAUCCUCCGCCUCCAGCCGCGCGGUCCCUAUCACAUUGCAGGCUGGUCAAUGGGCGGUAUCUACGCCUACGAAGUCUGUUCACAGCUUUUAUCUCUUGGCCACGUAGUAGAUUCAUUAACUCUAAUCGACUCCCCUUGUCCCGGCUUCCUCCCUCCUCUCCCAUCCGCCACCCUUUCUCUCCUCGAAGACGCCGGUCUGUUCUCCGGACAAAAUAAAACCGUCUCAGAAGCUACGCGCCAGCACUUCGUGGAAAGCGUGCGCGUGUUGUCAUCUUACUCGCCUACCCCUCUCCCUGCUGCAUCGUGUCUGAAACGCGUUGUGAUAAUAUGGGCAGAAGAUGGAGUUGGCGCACACAGUUCUUCCGCAAUGCCGAAAAAUCAAGGCGUUGGUAUGGCAAGAGAAUGGCUGAUGGAAAAACGAACCGAAUUCGGUCCUAAUGGCUGGGAUAAACUUCUCUGCAGCUGCUCAUUGAAAACGUAUUCCGUGCCAGGGAACCAUUUCUCGAUUAUGAAUGCCGUCGAGGUGAAAGCUGUUGCGGAGAUUCUUGACAGCAUAAUGAGAGACAUAUAG